UUUUUAUAAAAAAUGACUGCAUUUGAAGAAUUUGGCGUUUUGCCAGAAAUUGCCAAGGCCAUUGAGGAAAUGGAAUGGACAUUACCAACUGAUGUCCAGGCUGAGGCUAUACCUCUAAUUCUGGGUGGAGGUGAUGUUUUAAUGGCUGCAGAAACAGGCUCUGGCAAAACCGGUGCCUUUUGUUUGCCAAUUCUGCAAAUUGUUUGGGAAACAUUAAGGGACUUGGAAGAGGGUAAGGGUUUGAAGGGUGGAACAGGAUCUUCAGCGAGUGCUGCCCCAUGGACUAUGUCCUUUUUUGAUCGUGGCAAUGCUUUGGCCGUAACACCUGACGGCCUGCGUUGCCAGAGUCGUGAGUUCAAGGAAUGGCAUGGCUGUCGCUGUACUACCGGUGUUAAGGGCAAGGGGAAAUUUUAUUAUGAGGCCACGGUUACCGAUGAGGGUUUGUGCAGAGUGGGCUGGUCCACACAGGAGGCAAAUUUGGAUUUGGGAACAUGUCGUUUUGGUUAUGGCUUUGGUGGCACUGGCAAAAAAUCGAAUAACCGCCAAUUCGACGACUACGGCGAGGCAUUUGGCAAAAAUGAUGUAAUUGGCUGUUAUUUGGAUUUGGAACGUAUGGAGGUGUCGUUUAGCAAAAAUGGUGUACCAUUGGGUGUGGCUUUUCGCAUUAACGAUAAUCUACGCAAUGAAACUUUUUACCCGGCUGUGGUUUUGAAAAAUGCCGAAAUGGCCUUUAAUUUUGGCAAGACGGAUUUUAAAUAUCCACCUAAAAAUGGCUUCAUUGCUGCUAGCCAAGCUGGCCCUUCACAUACCAAAGCAAAUCCUUUGGCAAGUCCAGCUGCCAAUGCUGGUUCAAAUAAACCCUCGCCCAAUGCACCUCAGGCCAUUAUCAUAGAACCAAGUAGGGAAUUGGCCGAACAGACUUAUAAUCAGAUUGAAAAGUUCAAGGUGCAUUUGUCAAAUCCCGAUGUUCGUAGUCUAUUGUUGAUUGGUGGUGUUAAAUUGGAACAGCAAAAGAGUCUGCUGCAACAGGGUGUGCAUAUUGUUGUGGGCACCCCCGGGCGUUUGGAGGAAAUGAUCAGUGGGGGAUUUGUUCAGCUGACACAUUGCAAAUUCUUCGUUCUGGAUGAAGCCGAUGCCUUGCUCAAACAAGGCUAUACCGAUCUCAUUGACCGUUUGCACAAGCAAAUUCCCAAAAUGACCUCGGACGGUCGUCGCCUCCAAAUGGUUGUCUGUUCGGCCACUCUACACGCAUUCGAAGUAAAGAAAAUGGCUGAUCGUCUUAUGCAUUUCCCCACCUGGGUAGAUCUCAAGGGUGAAGAUGCUGUACCGGAAACAGUACAUCAUGUUGUCUGUAUGGUAGAUCCACAACGUGAUACAACAUGGCACAGUUUACGACAACACAUUCGUACUGAUGGUGUUCAUGCCCGGGAUAAUCCUCAUCCCCAUAACUUAACUCCCGAAACCUAUUCAGAAGCCAUAAAAAUACUGAAAGGGGAAUAUUGUAUUCGUGCCAUUGAGGAACAUAAAAUGGAUCGUGCUAUACUAUUUUGUCGUACCAAAUUGGAUUGUGAUAAUUUGGAGAAAUAUUUGAAGUCACGUGGUGGCCAAAGAUAUUCAUGUGUCUGCUUGCAUGGUGAUCGUAAGCCAAAUGAACGUAAACAAAAUUUGGAAGCCUUUAAGAGGGGUGAUGUUAAAUUCCUUAUAUGUACUGAUGUGGCGGCAAGAGGUUUGGAUAUUACCGGAUUACCAUAUAUGAUAAAUAUUACACUGCCCGAUGAAAAGUCGAAUUAUGUCCAUCGUAUUGGUCGUGUAGGACGUGCGGAGCGUAUGGGUUUGGCCAUUAGUUUAGUAUCGACCGUGCCGGAAAAGGUUUGGUAUCAUGGCGAUUGGUGUCCCACUCGUGGCCGUAAUUGCUCGAAUACCAAUCUCACCGAUAAUCGAGGUUGCUGCAUUUGGUACAAUGAAAAGAAUCUAUUGGCUGAAAUUGAAGAUCACUUGAACAUAACCAUUCAACAAGUCGAUAAAAAUAUGUCCGUUCCUCUCAAUGAUUUCGAUGGCAAAGUGGUAUAUGGUCAAAAGAAUUUAAAUACCGGUACCGGCUACAAGGAUCAUGUACAACAACUAAUACCAAUUGUUAAAAAACUCACCGACUUGGAAUUACAAUCACAAUCUUUAUUUUUGAAACGUUUAAAAGUCUAAAACAAAUAUUACAUAUACA